GAUUGACAGCGGACAGCAGCUGCUGAGUUGCCAGACAUGGCGGAGGAUACAGUGGCGCUGAGGCUCAGCGGCGGAGUUCUAUGACUUUUUUCGCCCCCCCCUCUCCUCUCCUUUCCAUUUCCUCGAGCAGUUGAGCCGUCCGAGGGCGCGUCGAACGCUUCUCGGGAAGACCGAGAGGCGGAGAGAAAUGUGUCGCUACUCGGAAAGGAGGCGGAAGACGACGUGAAUCGCCACACGCGAGUAAGAUGGGACAAUGUAUUGCUGUUUAGUGCAGUCAACAGCCCCGGGCAACCAAUAUGGCUCCUUGCGCCUUUCCCACCACUAUGCUAUAAACACUGCCCUCCCGAUGGCGCGGCGGCUCCGGCGAACUUACUUAAGUUCCAUAAUCUCUCGGUACUUUUGAACGCUUACGGUUAUUCGGCGGCGUUAGCUUUGGUGAAGCUAAGGUGGGCGGGUGGGGGGGACAACUACUAUCGCCGCCGCCACCACCACCGCGCGUAGUAGUAGCAGCAGCAGCAGCAGCAAUGGAGCCAAAGCACAAAGAGUUGCUCGAGCAGUGCCACCAGAACUUAGUGGAGUCCAUCACGGACGCCGACCGAGUCGUUGAGUUGCUCGUCGUCUCGGGCGCCCUCAGCCAACUCGACCGCUUCGAGCUGGAUCAGAACUGCUCGUCCAGCGCCGAGAAAGUGGAGCUGCUGCUGAAGAUGCUGACGAACAAGGAGAGCGACCAUUUCCUGGACCUGUGCGUGGCCCUGGAGAAGGCGUACCCCGACCUGCACGCUGCCCUGUUCGGCGGCAACAACGGUGGCGGGCCCGUGGACCACAACACCGGUUCCACAUACAGUGUCCUCUCUACCAUGCCGUCUGACUCAGAGAGCAGCAGCUCCCUCAGCAGCGUUGGUUCGCCCGUGAAUGGUGACGCAUCCUCCCCGCCCCCCGCCAUCAACGACAACCGGCCACCAAGUGACCACCUGGACACUGUCCUGUUCCAGCUUCGCCAGGUGACUAGGGAGCGGGACGAACUCCGCAAGCGACUGGCCCUGGCAUCACCUGGCACCACAUUUGAUGACUGCAGGCCAAAUUCCAAAGCCAGCCAUGAUUAUGAGCGGUUAAAAAGCCAGUGCAUGAGGGCCAUGGGAGAUCUGCAGUCUCUCCAGAACCAGCACACAAAAACACUGAAGAGGUGCGAGGAGGCUGUCAAAGAGGCCGACUUCUACCACAUGCUGCACAGCCGUGUCCUGGGCGAACAGACGCAGCUCAAGGAGGAGAUGGAGACGUUGCGUAGGGACAAUGCUCAACUGGUCCGAGAGCACAAUCACCUCAAACAGAGCUGUGAGGAGCUCCAGCGGUUGCACGGUCAAGACCAGAAGGAGUUGUCCGACCUCCGACUGCAGCAGCAACAGGUAAUGCGAGAAAAGGGCUCCUCGGAGGUGCUCAACAAAUUGUACGAUACAGCAAUGGACAAGCUGGAGGGUGUGAAGAAGGAGUAUGACACCCUCAGUAAGCGCUACGGUGAGAAGGUGGCAGCGCACAACACGGACCUGAGCCGUCUGGAGCAAGCCGAGGAGGAGAACCGGCGGCUGCAGAAGCAGAUGGACGCGCUGCUCAUACAGCGUGACUCAGCUAUGCACUACCAGCAGCAGUAUUCCACAUCCAUUAGGAGGUUCGAUUCCGUGCAGCAGGAGCUUAACAAGUCCUCUGCUCAAAACAAGGAGCUCCAGCGCGAGAUGGAGCGGCUUCAGUCAGAGGUGACACGCUACAAGACCCUGCAACUGAAGUCGGCCAAGGACUGUGACAAGUACAAGGAGGAGCGGGACUCUGUGUUUAACGAGUACCGCCUCAUCAUGAGCGAGCGCGACCAGGUCAUAAAGGAGUUGGACAAGCUGCAGACGGAGCUGGAGGCGGCUGAGGCCCGGCUGAAAAACACUUCCUCAGAAAGAGUUGUAGCUAGUGAGGAGUUGGAAGCACUCAGACAGGAGUUGAAUUCGUCACUGGUGGACCGCGACAGGGCCAUCUGUGAGAGGAACGAGCUGUUGGAGAAGUACUGCCAUGAAGUGAAGGACAAAGCCGAGGCCCAGAAAGAGCUCAGCCAGGCCUGCAAGGACAUCGAGAUGGUCCGGGAGGAGCGAGAUGUGGCCCGCAAGGAGAGGACAGAGGCCAUCAUUCAAAGGGAUCAGCUCCUUCGGGAGUACUACCAAGCCCGACAGAAACAAGAUUCAGCCACACUCGACAUGGAGCGGGCCAAUAAGGAAAUUGAGAUGCUGCGGAAACAGUAUGAAGCAAUGUCCCAGGAGCUGAAGGAGGCCACACAGGAGACUGAGGUGGCCAAAUGUCGUCGGGACUGGGCCUUCCAAGAGCGGGACAAAAUCGUGGCAGAGAGGGAGAGCAUCAGGACGCUGUGUGACAACCUACGUCGAGAGCGAGACCGUGCGGUCAGCGAUCUCGCAGAUGCGCUGAGGAAUCUGGACGAUAUGAGGAAGCAGAAGAAUGAUGCUUUGCGAGAGCUCAAAGAAAUGAAGGAGAAAAUGGAAGGACAGCUGGAGAAGGAGGCCCGCUUCUGUCAGCUCAUGGCCCACAGUUCUCACGACUCGGCCAUUGACACGGACUCCCUCGAGUGGGAAACUGAGGUGGUGGAGUUUGAGAAGGACAGGGACGACAUGGACUUGAAGGCACUUGGGUUUGAUAUCGCUGAAGGGGUAAACGAUCCAUAUUUACCGGGGGACUGUGGAAUAUUUGUGACACGGGUGGACAAAGGAAGUAUUGCAGACGGAAGGUUAAGGGUGAACGACUGGUUACUGAAGAUAAAUGACAUUGACCUGACCAACAAGGACAGGAAGCAGGUGAUGAAGGCAGUCCUUAACGUUGGCGGGCUCAUCAACAUGGUGGUACGAAGGAGAAAGUCUCUCGGGGGAAGGCUGCUCACUCCUGUUCACAUCAACCUCAUGGGUCACAAAGACAGCGGGAUAGGUCUGGAGAACGGCGUGUUUGUCACAACAGUGCUCCAAGGCAGUCCAGCAGCCAAAGAAGGCACACUAACUGUUGGAGACAGACUGAUCGCUAUAAACGGCAUCGCUCUGGAUAACAAGUCUGUGACAGAGUGCGAGGCCUUGUUGAAGAACUGCAGGGAUUCUCUCAGCCUCUCUCUUAUGAAGUUCUUUCCUCACAGUACAUCUGGCCAGAACAUCUUUGAGAGUCUGCGUGACUCAUCCGAGAAAUCAAAUGGGCGCAUUCAUCUGUCUGAGAUCCACUCCCGGAACAGCCGCAACCUGAAACACAACAGCUCAACGCAGACAGACAUUUUCUGCCCCGACAUUGGGAGCAGCGGCGCGAGCGCCAUCUCCGGUGAGAGGAGGAAGCACCGAGGGGAACCAGAUGAGCUUUACGGGAACAUGGGAAAACCUUUCUCCAUGGGUUCUCUCCAUGCCACGAGCCUGCAGACGGCAUCCGACUUGUGCACCGGGCGCUAUGGUCCCAGCGCCUUUCAAGAGUGCUGUCCCUACUCAAAACCACCAUCUUCCUUGCCGUUCGACCCUGUAUCUGCACCCGACUGUCUCACAAUGGAGGCAGCCCAGGACAGGAAGCACAACGGAGGAACAUGGCCCAAGAUGGUGGUGGGAGGCAUGUCAGUCGCACUGGAUAACAGCAGCCCGGUCCCAGCAACAGCCCAGCUCUCCAUCUACAAGUCCCCGAAGCAGAGAAAGUCCAUCUUUGACCCCGACACCUUCAAACGCCCUGAGACGCCUUCCUCUAAGUUGGAAUAUAUGGCAGCCAAUCAGAUAGCCGUGGCCGCGGCGUCACACUCCCCCCAGCCCUCGAAGACAGAAUCCCUCUCCUCUUCCUCCACUCCUACCCCGACCCCACCAACACCCCCCACCCGGAGCGACUCCUUCAAGUUCAAACACAAACAUCAGAGCAGCUCCGCGUCUGAUUGCACCAUCACGUCUGAUGGAAAAGGUGACGCUGGAGUCUCUGUGGUGAUGGGCGAGCGGGAGCGAGACAGAAACGGUAACCACUACUUCCUGGAUGGCAAAGUCCUGACCUCGAGGAAAUCGUGCGACGAGGACAUUGGGCGAACCAGAAGCGAGGAGCCUGAAGUGAAAAGGCCACGCCCUAAAUCCGCUCCUGCCCUUCGCCGUAGGAUGACGCCGCAGACCAUCACUCUUCCCGCGUUCCAGAGCUACUCUAAUGACGAGCAUUCGCCAGAGCCCCGGGACAUGCUGCACUCCUCCCCCAGCCGCUCCCAUCGGCACAGCGUCGGCUUUGUGCCCACCGUCUACAAUGGCAGCCUCCCUCCCAAUUCAGCCCACAGGGGUCUGUCUCCAUGCCCUGCCGUGACAGCCGUGAUGAGGAAUCCAGUGUACACGGUGCGCAGUCAUCGUGUACAUACCAGUAACUGCCCGUCAGUCGCCUCCCAGAUCUGUCACCAGCAUGCACCCACCAGCCCUCAACAUCAGGGUCGCCUGAGCCUGGAUCUGAGCCAGCAGAAGCGGGGCGGCGAAUACGCCGAAUCCUCGUCGUCACGAAGCAGCCGAGCGUCACACGGUACACACUCACUGCCCUCCAGCGCACGACUCGGUUCUUCUAAUAAUGUCCAGUACCGGGCUGAGAGGAUCAAGAUCCCUUCGACUCCCCGCUAUCCUCGAUCUAUGCUUGGCUCAGACAGAGGCUCCCUCUCGCAUUCGGAGUGCAGCAGCCCCAGCCUCAUCACACCGCCGCAGUCGCCGCUCAACCUGGAGAUGUCGUCCUUAGCCAGCAACCAAUCACAAGGCUCCAUUUCCACUUUACCUCGCAUCUCAGUCAGCCCGGUGCCAAUCAGUGAUCGUAGGAAGGACAGGCCUUACCUGGAGGAACCCCGUAACGUCAUUGUCCAUAAAGGUGCUGAGCCUCUGGGCAUCUCCAUUGUGAGUGGGGAGAACGGUGGCAUCUUUGUCUCUAAAGUUACUGGAGGUAGCAUUGCCCACCAGGCAGGACUGGAGUAUGGGGACCAGUUACUGGAGUUCAAUGGCAUCAACUUGCGCAACGCUACAGAGCAGCAGGCUCGCCUCAUCAUUGGCCAGCAGUGUGACACCAUCACCAUCAUGGCCCAGUACAACCCGCACAUGUACCAGCUGGGUAACCACUCUCGCUCCAGCUCCCGUCUCGAGCCAGUCAGUACUCAGUCAACACCGCAGGGAAGCGGCGCCACCACUCCGGAAAAUCACUGCACCAUUGAUACGCUCAGCGAACAGGACGAGGGCACCCUUACGCCAUCCUCGAAACAAACAACCCCCACCACCAGCCCUCAAAACUAUGUCAGAAUGCACUCUGAAGGCAACAACAAGGCUGGAGAGCCAAGGUUGGUGACGGUGCACCGGCCCGGAGUGGAGGUGGGAGUCACAUUGUGCGGAGGGAAUCUGCGGGGCAUCUACAUAGACAGUCUGGAUGAGGACAGUCCUGCCAGAGGGACUGACGGCCUGCUUCCUGGCGACCUCAUUCUGGAGUAUAAUUCGGUGAAUAUGAAGAACAAGACGGCAGAGGAAGUUUACGUCGAAAUGUUGAAGCCAGCCGAGACGGUCACAUUGAAGGUGCAGCAUCGGCCAAAUGACUUCAACGUGCUCAAAGAUGUUCCAGGAGAUGGCUUUUAUAUUAGAGCACUUUACGACCGCCUUGGUGAAGCUGAGGGGGACUUGACGUUCAAGAAGGACGAUAUCCUGUACGUGGACGAGUCGUUACCAAAGGGCAGCUUCGGGAUAUGGAUGGCCUGGCAGCUGGAUGAGAACGCGCAGCAGAUCCAGAGGGGGCAGAUCCCCAGCAAGUACAUGAUGGACCAAGAGUUCUACCGGCGACACAGCAUGACCGAGAUGAAGGAAGACUCGGGCAAGACGCUAUCGGCCGCUGCUCGUCGUUCCUUCUUCAGGAGGAAGCAGAAGCACAAGCGCAGCAGCUCCAAGGACAGCAAGGAGACUGUGGCUCUGGAUGCUAUCAGCACUGAUUCCAUCCCCUUCCUGGAAGACUGUGUAAGCCUGGCCUACCAGAGGGUCCAGAAGGUGGAGUGCGCCUCUCCCAGACCUGUGCUGGUCCUCGGACCACUGACAGACCCCAUCAAGGAGAUGCUGGUCAAAGAGUCUCCGGGGAAGUUCUUCAGAUGUGUACUAGAGAUAAUGAAGGCAUCGCAACAAGCCAUCGAACGAGGCGUCAAGGACUGUCUCUUCAUCGACUACAAGCGCCGCAGUGGCCAUUUUGAUGUCACCACAGUCGCGUCCAUAAAGGAAAUAUCAGAGAAGGGUUGUCACUGUUUGCUGGACAUCGCGCCGCACGCCAUUGAGAGGCUCCACAGUGUUCACAUUUAUCCAAUCGUCGUCUUUGUUCGCUAUAAAAAUGCCAAGCAGAUCAAGGAGCAGAAAGAUCCUCUUUAUCUGCGGGACAAAGUGUCUCAGAAACAUUCCAAGGAGCAGUUUGAAAGUGCACAGAAGAUCGAGCAGGACUACAGCAAGUUCUUCACAGGUAUCGUCCAAGGCGGCUCGCUCCCGUACAUUUGCACUCAGAUCAUGACCAUUGUGGAUCAAGAACAAAGUAAAGUCCUGUGGACGCCGCUCGGCUGCCCUUAGCGGACCAAGGGGGGGGCUGCUGGUCUUCAACACUAAUUCACGAGAACCCUCCCUCCUCACCACAUACCAUAGGUACACUACAUUGUAAAGUAUUUAUCUAUUUUUUUUUCUUUCUGGCUAAAUACUCCAUAGCAAGCACGUAGCACUGGCUCAUUCAAGCUCAUUCAGUCUUCCCUAAAGGAACUCUUGUUGGUGUAAGUGUGUGUGUGUGUGCGUGUGCGUGCGCGUGCGCGUUCACUAUUGACCCAAAAUGACUUUUCCCCCCAUGCCCUCGUGUGAACACAAACUUUAACGCUAAUGAUGUGUGUUUGGCCCACGCUGAGAAUGGAGGAAAACAAAUAUAAAGUUCCAAGAAUAAAAUCCGAAUCUAGUUAUUUUGGUAUAUAUAAGAAAAAUAAUUACUUUUCUCAAUAGUUACAUUAUUCUUCAAAGUUUUUUUUUUUUCUUGUAAUGUCGGGGUUUUAUGCUCGCAAAAUGACUUGCUUCAGAAUAGUGGUUUAGUUUUUAAAUGGUUUAAUGGUGAGUUGUUUCUCAUAAAACAGAUACAUAGCCACGAUAAUUUUUUCAAUUAAUAUUGAGCCUUUUGUUUUUCAUUGACUUUUAUAGUUUGACCUUACUCCAAAUUUUUUCCUUCCCAUGUAAUUAAAUCUUUAUUUUGGGAUUCCCCCCCCACCCCCCUGGUACAAUUGCCCUUUUUUUCGAGCAAUUUUACAACUUCUCAUACAUUGUCGACUUCAUUCUUGUAAAAUUCUGAAUUGUUGUCACCAAAUUCUCAUCUAUUUUUUUCUUGAUAUGAUUCUUGGAAAAUUAUGACUUUUAAAAUUGCAACUUUAUUCUAAGUGACUUAUAAAACUGUAUCCUAUUUCUGGUA